AUGUCCCCUCCGGACAACCCCCACCAGAACCCACCGCCUCAGAAUCUAAGCUUCCUGUACCAACGGCACCGCAGCCGCGUGCAAGACUUCCAGCAACUCCCGCGACCUACUAGUCUCGGGAAUCAUGAUUUGGAUAGAAGGGAAACGUAUGGGGAGAAGUUCUCCCGGAUGUAUCCUCGGGACGUGAGGCAAACUUCGGGCGGUGGUCAGAGAUAUGGCUCGCCCUCUUCGCCACACCCUGUGACCUCGCCGCUACUCUCUGCCUUGAGCGCAACGACGAACACGGCCGCCCAAUAUACGAGCGACUGGACAAAGUCUCUACCAUACUUUGCUUCAGGACCAUCUGUCGGCGUUGCUGAUUCCCCUCCCAACGCAAUACCCAUUCAAGUGCCAAGAGAUGCCAUGUCUGCCUCUCCGCCCUCCGUGAAGCCCCACAGUCAACCAACCAACAAUCCCUUGCCGAGUCUGAGCCCGCGCGUAAAUCCCUCAAGAGAGCGCCGUGCGUCCUUGUAUUCGCAAACUGACAACUUCAACUUGUAUCGUGGCAAUGCACCACUGCCGCACGAGGAUCAACCUCAUUUUCAUCUUGGAGGUCUUCCCGAUCUCGACUCUAUUGGUGUCCCGCAGCAACCAGUCUUCAACGGCCUAAUGCCGGGCGAGAAGGGAUAUUUUUGCGGCUGGGACACUUUAGGAAAUGCUGGUCACGCUCCCUCAGCAGCUGCGGAAAAUGUGAUAAUCACUGGCUACGAAGGCGGUCUCAAUGUGUAUCGCGUCAAUAAGAAGGAGAAGCCUGUACUCAUUGGUUAUUUGAAGGGCUUGAAGGGUGCUGUUCUGGAUGCAAAGAUACUGCCAUGGACCUUUAGCAAUGACCCUGGCGUCAACGAGCGACCGUAUAUCGCUUUGGUAAUUCAUGGCCCCGUCAUUGAAGACGUGGUGGAGCCUCAACACUCCAGCGACGAGUCCGCCGCAAUGAGUGCCGAUGAUGACAGCCCUACACCUUCGACUCGACCUGCCUCCAGAAGAGACAACUACCCCUCUGCCGAUGAGGCAAUCAAAACCUACCGCACAACUGUCGAAGUUUAUUCACUAGCUACGGCUCGUCACAUCGAGACCAUUUUCGCAGCACCUCCUGUUCCGUUCAAGAUGCCAAUGUCGCCAUUUUCAGAUUUCAGCAUCCCGUCGCCGGUAGGCGACCUGAAGCUGGACGCAAACGGCAAGUUCCUGAUCGUUGCAUCUGGAGAGAGCGGGGAGAUCUUCGUUUUUUCGCCUGGUAACAAGGCGAAAACAGGGAAUUUGGAAACGGUGAGAUGCAUCGGCAAGCUCUGGACGACCGUCGAAAAACGCAAUGCGCGGCGUACAUCAAAUGGCAACGCUGCUCGGCACGAGCCUUCGACUGAGGAGCCAGAGCCACGGUGUAAAACACCGCUUUUUUCCCUUUCCCAUCGUUUCCUGGCUCUAGUUCCCCCAGCACACUCGACGUAUUCGAUCAAUGGUACCGCCAAUCUCGACAGCUCUGCUCGGAAGCCCCCAGGCAUCGGCAACCACGUUGCUCCAGCGCAGGUUGCAUCGACCUGCGACACGGAUGAGAACGAGAGCAGCGAUUUCAUGAAUCGAAUGUCGCGAGAAGUGACGCAAAGGGCCGUUGUGGCAGGCACUUAUUUGAAAGAUCGUGGAAUGAAGGCGUGGGACAAUUAUUGGAACCCCGGUAAUAAUCAGCCGAGGAGCAGAGCGUCAUAUCCUGUGGGAGACCAGGUUGUGAUGGCUCCUCUCCCUCCGACACAUGGUUUCAAUGGGCCAAUUGCCGAGACAACAGAGUCGCAGGUGGCCAUUUAUGACCUUCAGCGAUUUCUUGAUGCGGAGGAAGUUUCUAAAAUUAUGAAAGGAAGAAACCCUCUCUCGCCGCUAGCAAGCUUUGAUCUUGCAUCUGGAUGUAGUCUACUAUCCUUCGCCCCUUCAGGACUGCAUCUCCUCACGAUUAGCCGCAAAGGUGAUGUGCACAAUGUGUGGUCUCUGAUGAAGAUGAAAGACGCCCGCGCCGGACCCUCUUCGACAAUUACAACAAAGCCGAUUGUGCGAAAGAUCUUCACGAGUACGCGGAUGACGACGACAAAGAUUAUUGAUGUGGACUGGUCUGAGCCGCACGGCCAACGAUUCGCGCUGCUCAGCGAAAACGGUACUGUACAUGUUCAUGAUAUACCGGCAUCAAGAUUCAAAUGGCCGCCGGCCCGACGCUCAGGGCAGUCCUAUUCCGCGCAGCGGUCUCACGAAGAAGCACGUGCAGCUAAGGGUAGAGUUGGAUAUGGCGGAUACGCUUUCAACGCUCUUAACGGCGCGUCACAGUGGGUUCAGAAUGCGCGCCAGCGAAGCCUCAGCGGACAGCUGGCUUUCGGAAGCCUGGCAUUGACACCUGCAAACUUCAGCAAAAAGGCAGUGAAAGCAGGAUUCAAGCAGGGCGCCAGCGCAAUUGCACAGGGCGCGACGAAUCUGUGGCACGUGAGUGACAACAAGCUCUACCUCCAGUCGAAGCUGGAUGUGCUGCGGCCGAGAUCGAUACGUCUACUCACUGGCCGUAACAUGCACGGCUAUCUUGGUGUUGUGGCUGCCGGGUUGGUGUGCUUGUACCAGAUCAAAACUGUCACAUCGUCGCGCUCGACCCAAGGGCCGAGGAUGUAUCAUGCGAAGAUCUCCAAGAAGGGCAUCGACUACACACUCAACGCAAUCCCGUCGGAUCAAUUUGCUCCUGCCAUACGGGCCAUUAUGGAGAGCCGUGCAAGCGGAGCUACGACCAUGCCGGAAGGUGCGACAGUGUCAGGACAUUGGUCACUGCGGGCGCCGCACACGUCGCUCAGAACGGCGGUGUUGCACGGCCGCAGCGAAGAUUGGAGGAACAUGGUAGAGUUCACAACGAACCCCGCUCAUAUUGCUUUUCAUCAGGACGGGCGCGUGUCGCUGUUUGGCUUUGCGGAACCUGAACAGCCCCCCCCACGAAUGCCUGACCGUAGCUCGACACAGGAGGACUUUCAGCAGUACGAUGCCGAUCGACGAGCGUACGAGGAAGAGGUGCUGAUACCGCAUGUUCGCGCAGAGCACCACGUAGACGACGACUCCCCAUGGCUGUUUGGAGCUCCGCUUCGCGGCCUGCGCACCAUCAAAGAAGGAGCCGGAGGCUUCACGCCGACCGAGGACGAAGAAGGCGAUUUCGAGUACAACAUGGUCAAGCUGGACGACGGAACGGGGACGCUGGUGUUGAACACGGUGCCGCGGACCUCCAAAGCAGAGGACGAAUUCUUUGAGGACGGCGCAGAGUUGGUUGAUUUUUCCGAGGGCAUCGACAGGGCUUAG